GAGAGGAAGAAGAAGAUGAUGAAGAGCUGUCGAAGCAUAUUCAUGCAUGCGGAUGGUGUGGAUUUAGUGCUGAUGGGAUUAGGUUUAAUCGGAGCCAUAGCUGAUGGCUUCAUCACUCCUAUCACAUUUUUCAUUACAGGCUUGCUACUGAACAACAUCGGUGGUUCCAAAGUCGGUGAUGAAAAAUUCAUGCAUGCCAUCAUGAAGAACGCUGUAGCUUUACUUUAUGUCGCUGGUGCAUCUUUGGUGAUAUGUUUCGUUGAAGGAUAUUGCUGGACAAGGACAGGGGAGAGGCAAGCAUCAAGAAUGAGAGAGAGGUACUUAAGAGCAGUGUUAAGACAAGAUGUUGGUUACUUUGAUCUUCAUGUCACAAGCACUUCUGAUGUUAUCACUAGUGUCUCUAGUGACACUCUUGUCAUCCAAGACGUCCUUAGUGAAAAGUUACCAAACUUUUUGAUGAAUGCAUCGGCAUUUGUCGCAAGCUACAUCGUGGGAUUCUUCAUGUUGUGGAGACUCGCAAUCGUAGGCUUCCCGUUCUUUAUCCUCCUCUUGAUCCCCGGACUGAUGUGUGGAAGAGUCCUUAUCAGCAUCUCAAGAAAAAUACGCGAAGAGUACAAUGUGGCUGGUUCUAUUGCCGAGCAAGCCAUCUCGUUGGUGCGAACCGUCUAUGCAUUUGGUAGUGAGAAGAAGAUGAUAUCGAAAUUCUCAGCUGCACUUCAAGGCUUGGUGAAGCUAGGACUAAGACAAGGACUAGCUAAAGGAAUUGCCAUUGGGAGCAAUGGUAUUGUUUUCGCCAUUUGGGGGUUCAUGACUUGGUACGGAAGUCGAAUGGUUAUGUACCACGGCGCCAAAGGCGGUACUAUCUUCGCAGUCAUCAUAUGCAUCACCUUUGGUGGCACAUCGUUUGGUCGAGGUUUGUCGAAUCUCAAAUAUCUCUCAGAGGCGGUUGUAGCGGGGGAAAAGAUUAUCAAAGUGAUUAAAAGAGUUCCCAAUAUUGAUUCGGACAACACGGAUGGUAAAAUUUUACAAAAUGUAAAAGGAGAAGUUGAAUUUAAGCAUGUUAAAUUCAUGUACCCGUCUAGACCUGAAACCUCAAUCUUUGAUGAUUUUUGUUUGAAAAUUCCAAGUGGGAAAACUGUGGCUUUGGUGGGUGCAAGCGGAUCGGGAAAAUCAUCUGUGAUAUCUCUUUUGCAAAGGUUCUAUGAUCCCAUCGGGGGAGAUAUUCUCAUUGAUGGUGUGUCCAUUAGUAAGUUGCAAGUUAAAUGGUUGAGAUCACAAAUGGGUCUUGUUAGCCAAGAGCCAGCGCUCUUUGCUACAUCGAUAGAAGAGAACAUACUAUUUGGUAAAGAGGAUGCAUCCAUGGAUGAAGUAGUGGAAGCUGCAAAGUCUUCAAAUGCUCAUGAUUUCAUUUCUCAUUUUCCUUUUGGUUACAAAACUCAGGUUGGAGAGAGAGGAGUGCAAAUGUCAGGGGGUCAGAAACAGAGAAUUGCGAUUGCACGUGCGAUAAUCAAGUCACCAACAAUUCUCCUGUUAGACGAGGCAACAAGCGCAUUAGACUCAAAAUCCGAAAGAGUAGUCCAAGAAGCCUUAGACAAUGCCUCUAUUGGUCGUACAACUAUUGUUAUUACCCACCGCCUCUCUACUAUUCGUAAUGUCGAUGUUAUAUGUGUAUUCCACAACGGUCGCAUUGUAGAAAGUGGAUCACAUGAAGACCUCAUGGAGAACUUAGAAGGUCAAUAUUCUUCUCUAGUCCGCUUACAGUUGAUAGAAAAUGAAGAAUUGGAUGAUAACAAUAAAGUAAGUUUGCAAAGGGAUCAACUCUCAAUUUCGAGCAAAGAUUUGAAGUACAGUCCAAGAAUUUCUAAUCAAAACUUGUCAAACUUGUUCAUGAGUUCAAGCACCGAUACAAAUCUUUGUGCUUCGAUCCCAAAGGAUAAGAAGACGCUUGUACCAUCGUUUAAGAGAUUGAUGGCGAUGAAUAAACCAGAGUGGAAACAUGCACUGUAUGGUUGCUUAAGUGCAGCUCUAUAUGGGGCCAUACAACCAACAUAUUCUUAUGUUUCAGGAUCAAUGGUGUCAGUGUACUUUCUAAAGAGCCAUGAUGAGAUCAAGGAAAAUACAAGGAUCUAUGUGUUGCUCUUCUUUGGUCUAUCUAUGUUCAGUUUUGUGAUAAGUAUCAUUCAACAUUAUAGUUUUGCUUACAUGGGUGAAUACCUAACAAAACGUAUCCGAGAAAAUAUUCUUUCAAAGCUAUUGACCUUUGAAGUAAGCUGGUUCGAUGAAGAAGAGAACUCGAGUGGUGUAAUUUGCUCUAGACUAGCAAAAGAUGCGAACGUGGUGAGAUCACUUGUUGGUGAACGAGUGUCAUUGUUGGUACAAACUAUAUCAGCAGUGAGUAUAGCUUGCACACUUGGUAUGGUCAUUGCAUGGAAAUUCGCCAUUGUGAUGAUCGCGGUACAGCCAGUGGUUGUUUUGUGCUUCUACGGCCAACGUAUUGUACUCAAAAGCUUAUCCAUAAAAGCUAUUGAAGCUCAAGACGAGAGCAGCAAACUAGCUGCGGAAGCUGUCUCCAAUAUCCGAACCAUCACAGCUUUUUCAUCACAAGAACGAAUAUUAAAAUUACUCGAAAGAGUUCAAGACGGUCCACGGAGAGAAAACAUCCGGCAAUCAUGGUUAGCUGGGAUUGUACUUGGAACGUCGCGAUGCCUCAUGACUAGCAUUUCAGUUUUGAAUUUCUGGUAUGGGAGUAGACUUAUAGCUGAUGGGAAGAUAACGUCAAAAGCAUUCUUUGAGUUGUUUAUAGUAUUUGUUAGUACUGGUCGUGUUAUUGCAGAAGCUGGGGCCAUGACUACGGAUCUAGCCAAGGGCUCGGAUGCAGUUGCCUCGGUUUUCGCAGUAUUGGAUCGCUGCACAACAAUUGAGCCCGAGAACCCGGAUGGAUCCCAACCGGAAAAUAUCAAGGGACAAAUCAGUUUUGUCAAUGUGGACUUCGCUUACCCAACACGACCAGAUGUAAUGAUACUCAAGAACAUUUCCAUGGAGAUUAACGAGGGGAAGUCUACAGCGAUAGUCGGUCCAAGCGGGUCUGGUAAAUCCACAAUAAUUGGCCUAAUCGAGCGGUUCUACGACCCGUUAAAGGGUAGUGUAAAAAUAGAUGGUCGCGACAUAAGAUCGUAUAAUCUAAGAUUGCUUCGUCAACACAUAGCUUUGGUUAGUCAAGAGCCAGUAUUGUUUGCUGGAACGAUCCGAGAGAACAUAAUUUUUGGAGGAACAUCAGACAAGAUCGACGAGACUGAGGUUAUCGAGGCGGCAAAGGCAGCGAACGCUCAUUCUUUCAUCUUAUCAUUAUCGAACGGCUACGAGACGUAUUGUGGAGAUAGAGGUAUACAAUUGUCAGGUGGUCAAAAACAGAGAAUAGCUAUCGCUCGAGCGGUUCUAAAGAACCCAUCAGUGUUGCUUCUUGAUGAAGCUACGAGCGCUCUAGACAACCAAUCAGAGCGUAUUGUGCAGGACGCACUCGAGCGUUUGAUGGUUGGGAGGACAAGCGUUGUGAUCGCACAUAGACUUAGUACGAUUCAAAAGUGUGACAUGAUAAGUGUUUUAGACAAAGGGGAAGUUGUGGAGUGUGGAACACAUGCUUCCUUAAUUGGAAAAGGUUCCACAGGGAUAUAUUUCUCAUUGGUUAGUCGCCAGACAACUCAGUUUGUUUCGUAACGUUGAAUGA